AUGAGUGGUACAGCAGGAGGGGAGAACGUUGAAACUAUGGAAGACAUUUUGGCCAGACAUCGCAAGGAAAAUAAAGAUUUACAAAAUAGAGUAACAGGUAUGAAGAAGCAGGCCACUAAAUCCAAAAGAAAGGAAGUUAACUCAAAAUGUCUAGAUCUUCAAAGUAAUCUUAAGACGAAACAAGAAGACGAAAUUAGAGCUUGGAAAAUUUCCAAUGAUCAGGUAUCUGACGUGGAACAAGACGAUGACGUGACUCCCGAGAAGCUACUAGAACAACUCUCCAUAUCACAAGAAAACGAAAAGGACCAACAAAACACCAUCACACAAGAAAUAAAACUGCAAAGUCAAACAAAGAAGCGCCGCAAUAGACAGAAGGAACGAUUGGCAAAAAGAGAUGCAGAAAUCGCUAAAAUGAAAGAAGAGGCAGCUUUGGAAGCGUCCAAACAACCUGACUUGAAAAAAAUAGAACAAGAAUCUAUAGAUCAACUAUGCGAAUUAAAGAAACUAAAACAAUUUGAUAUACAACCUGACGGUCAUUGUCUGUUUGCCUCUAUAUUAGAUCAGUUGAGAUUACGUCAUGAUCCAAAAGAACUAGAGUCAGACUUGAAUGUCAUGAAGCUGAGAUGGUUGAGUUCCAAUUACGUGCAAAAACAUAGAGACGAUUUCAUACCAUAUUUGUUCGAUGAAGAAACCAUGCAAAUGAAAGAUAUUGAUGAAUAUACAAAAGAGAUGGAGCAUACAGCUCAAUGGGGUGGCGAGAUUGAAAUCUUGGCCCUCUCGAAAGUUUUUGACUGUCCCAUUAGUAUUUUAAUGAGUGGUAGACCAGUUCAGGUGUAUAAUGAAGAUGGGAAAAAACCUGAAUUGAAGUUAGUUUAUUAUAAACAUAGUUAUUCUUUGGGUGAGCAUUACAAUUCAUUGCAUGAUUCGUGA